CAUGUCAUUCCCUCCUGACACAUCAAGCCGUCUCGGUCACACCCUUCCCGGCUACUACCCCCAACCUUUCUUACCCUGCCCGCCAUGUUCUGAAGUAGGAGGAGAAGAGGAGGAGAUACGUGUAGUCCUGGCUGUAGCCGGAUUAGCAUUAGCAGCACGCAGCUAGGCGGAGGCGCAACAAGCUCCUUGAACGCCGAAAUAAGUUCUCUGACGAGAUUUUUCUCCCCACUUGGAAUUAGCCUGAUUGUUUUUUUAAUGUUCACAUUUCUGGAAUAGCACCAUAACCGGACAUAGCGUGAAAAACUAUGGUGAUGGCGUGGUCUUGUGUACUGCCUGCACUGCGUGUGUGGAGAUGGUUUUAACAGAUGCUCUUCUGGAGGACUCAGGAACACUGCGCUGGCCUGAAGAAACCUCUUAAGCAAACGUGACACUUUACACAAAAGGAUAAACGUCUGUCGAGGACACACUGACACGUGGACUUUACAAACUUCUCUUUCAUUCCCAACACUACCAGAGCCCAAGCUCCUCUCCGUUUUCGUGUAGUUUUUAUAUUAUUUCUUCCUUUUUGUCGCAACCUCACCGCCACCAUGCCAAGCACCAUCCGCCGGCAGAUGAAAAACAUGGUCAACAAUUACUCUGACGCCGAGAAGAAAGUCAGAGAGGCCACGUCCAACGACCCGUGGGGCCCGUCGUCCUCGCUCAUGUCCGAGGUGGCCGACCUUACCUACAACGUGGUGGCCUUCAGUGAGAUCAUGAACAUGAUCUGGAAGCGGCUCAACGACCACGGGAAGAACUGGCGCCACGUCUACAAAGCGCUCACGCUGCUCGACUACCUGAUAAAGACGGGCUCGGAGAGGGUGGCGCUGCAGUGCAAGGAGAACAUCUUCGCCAUCCAGACCCUUAAGGACUUCCAGUACAUUGACAAAGACGGCAAAGACCAGGGCAUCAACGUCAGAGAGAAGAGCAAGCAGCUGGUGGUGCUGCURAAGGACGAGGAACGCCUUAAAGGAGAGAGGUCUCAGGCUUUGAAGACUAAGGAGCGCAUGGCCCAGGUGUCCACAGGAAGCACUCAGAUGGGCUUCGGCCGAGGCUCGUCCCAGCCCAACCUCUCCACAUCCUACAGCGAAGAGUACGGCAGGUCGGAGGGCUCCCCCGCCUCCUACCACGGCUCCACAUCUCCCAAUGCGGGCUCAGAGCUGGAGCAGGCCAGACCUCAGACCAGCGGAGAAGAGGAGCUCCAGCUGCAGCUCGCCUUGGCCAUGAGCAGAGAAGCAGCCGAGCAGGUAUGCACACAUCGUCUCAGAUACGUGCUCCGACAUGCGUCYGUUCCUCCCUUAUUGUGUGCCAAAUCUCGGCUUUCAUCACUAACAGAUAUUAGUUCAAACAGAUACAUAUCACCCGACCCCUGGGCUGCUCCUGCAACUCUGCCUGCCAUAAAGGCCAGUGACCCCUGGGCAAACUCCGCUCCGGCGUCCGACCCCUGGGGGUCUGGAGCUGGCCGCCCUAAAACCUCCAACACAAGUAACUUUGACCUGUUCAGUACAUCCAAUGGUACAUCCAAGGAAGACUUCUCAGAGUUUGACAGCCUGCGCUCUUCCUCCUCUGUCCCCACUGCCGACGCGGGCAUAACGUCCUCUCUCCCCUCCCAAGUCAGUCUGGCCAGUAGCGGCAGCCUGGACCUCUUUGACCCGCUGCCCACUUCCGCUUCGAUCUCCACAAACCCAACCAGAAAGACUCCGGAGUCCUUCCUGGGACCCAACGCGGCGCUGGUCAAUCUGGACUCUCUGGUGACCAAACCGGCUCAGCCCGUGCCCGUCGUUAACCCGUUCUUGGCUGCUACAGGCGGCUCGGCUCCUGCUCCCGUCGCCAACCCGUUCCAAAUGACCCAGCCGGUUCCGCCCACCCUCAACCAGAUGCGGGUCAGCCCGAUGCCCUCCGGCUUCGGCAGCAUAGCCGAGCCCAUGCCGCUGGCCUCCGUGCCCGCUCAGCCCGUCGCCAUGGUCCCCCUGGCAGGGAUGGCCCCCAUGGGCCACGGGAUGCCCGGCACGGGCGGCGGCGGGACCCCGCCCUCCAUGUCGAUGCCUCAGCCGUUGAUGAGCAUGCCCCCCCAGGCCGGGUCGCAACCCACCGGAACCACCAACCCCUUCCUCUUGUGAAAGGAGGACCCGCUUUCUCCUUCACUCGCUCCUCGACACGAACAAGGAGAUAUUUUAUCCCGUGUUUCCAUCUAUAAGCCACUCUCAGCCAGGUGCCCGACUAAAAUACUUCCUGACUCUGUUUCUGCUCCUGUCCUGCUCAGCUACAAGCUGCCUCGUCUCGUGAGUUCCAGGCUGAUCCUAACAUGAUGCUGGUGACCACACAGACCUUUUGCACCCGUCUACGGACUUCAGAGUUUCCGCCAGGGUGGGACUGGACCCAGUUUCUCCUUCCGUUCUUCCUCUUCUUCACCCUUUCGGACUGCUCUUUUCCUCUUUUUUUGUGAUGGGGUGACCGGAGAGUCAGCCUGUACUAAUUCCAGCAUCUUAUCUCUUCUCUAGAACUAAUCUUUUAUAAGCCCUAUCCGCUCUAGCGUGUCUGUGUGUAUGCGUGUGUGAGCGAGUGCACAUCUCAGUGCUUUUACACUGUGUAUAUCCCAGUGAGUUUUCCUCCAACACACUGGAUUAAGGAUGAGAGAUGUGUUUAUACUCCCUGCGUGUAUGUUGUGUGUAUUACAAAGCAGGAAUUUUGCACAAUUUUUGCUUUUUUUUAUUUUUGUUUUUUUAUUUUUUAUUUUCAGCUACUGUUGGACUCACCGUUACACCUUAGCUCACAGAGUAAGUCUGAUUAAAACUAACGACAAGGCACACCCGUACACUGCCUCGGCUCUUUGGUACUAACUCAGUCCGAACCCUUCAUCUUCACUUUGGAUCUUCUUUUUUUUUUCCUGACCUGAACUUUGACAAAAAAAAAAAAAAAAGAACACUCCCUUAGAGGAAAUGGAACUGCUCUUUUCAGUCCUAAAAGACUGCAGAGAGGCCAGGAAAGAUGUUUUCUACGUGUGUAUGUGCUCAGACGCAGUCGUGCUGUUACUGCUUUCUACUGCGUCUCCAUCCCGGUCAGCGUUUUUUUUUUUUUUUUUUUUAGAAGAUAAAGACGAACUGUGUCAGUAUUUUCCGAGUCGAA